UUUCGCUUCCAACACAAGAUGGACUAAAAGAAAAACUUAUUUCUAUAAACACACAACCACAAUUUACAGAAUUGCGAAGCAUAAUAUGACAAAAGGCUACCUUUAAAUAAUGAAGACAUUUAUCAGUAGAAUGAAGAAAUAUAUUUCUACCAUGUCAAGCCAUCAAGUGUGCAGAAGUGACCAAGAGACUGUAGAAGCAAAAAUGAAUGUAAACUUCGUGAAGCAGCAAAGGUAAUAUAACGACUCAGAAAUGUGUGCUCAGAAACAUUUGCACUGGAAAUGCUAUCACAGAAAAACACACUGUUCAUGUGAAAGGAAUGGAAUCCCAGUGACUGGAGAAAUAAGCCGCGCUACAUUGAAGUGAGGUAAACAUUUAUAGUUUAUACAGAGUCUUAGAUGAGGGAAGUGCUUGUGAAUAUAUUCAAAUAUAUAUAUAUAUAAUGAUAAAUUGCUAACAGAUCGAAAAUGUUAUGCUGCCAGGCAUUUAAACCAAAUGUUAAUCUUGUGUAUAAAACAGGUCAGUAAACUUAAAAGAAAAGAAAAAAGUUGAAGCGAUAAUUAACCCCCGCCGUGAAGAUAAAAGAAAAGGAGAUUUUAGGGAUGGAGCAGUCCAGCAAGUUUAAACCAAUACCUGUAUUAUCCGAUCAGACUUGGACAACUUAUUCAAUGAAUAACAAUAAUGACACUAAGGAAAACGGAGUCGGGGACUUAGUUGUUCAAACCAGUUUAGCAAUAACUCUAUCACUUAUAACUCUCGCUACAAUGCUUGCCAAUGGAUUUGUGAUUGUUACUAUUUAUCAAACUAGAAAGCUACACACUCCUGCAAACGUCCUUAUUGGUUCUCUGGCCGUCACAGACCUUUUAGUAUCCAUUCUGGUGAUGCCUAUCAGCGGUCUCUACACAGUGAAUGGCACUUGGACUUUAGGACAAAUCGUUUGCGACAUCUGGCUGUCCUCAGAUAUCACAUGUUGCACUGCAUCCAUACUUCACUUGUGCAUAAUCGCCUUGGACCGGUACUGGGCAAUAACUGAUGCUGUUGAAUAUUCCAAGAAGAGGACCCCGGUAAGGGCAGCCGGGAUGAUUGCAGUAGCCUGGGUCAUUGCGAUCUCCAUAUCGCUGCCGCCUUUGUUCUGGCGUCAUGCUAAAGCUGAAGAGGUCAUUUCAUGCAUGGUGAACACUGAUCAUAUUUUUUACACGCUUUAUUCCACCUUUGGAGCCUUCUACAUUCCGACUUUAUUGCUGCUUGUUCUGUAUGGGAGGAUCUACGUGGAAGUCCGAUCUAGGAUUCUAAAACAGGCACCGAAAAAAGCAGGCAAAAGACUGACAUCAGCGCAUUUACUUACCGAUUCCCCUGGAUCAGCAGCUUCAACGACGCUCCUGACGUGCAGAGCACAAGAACCCUCCUCUGGUGACACCGGGGCCCCAGUGUGUCUAAACCAUCACGUCCAGGUGACCGUGUCUGAUGCGCUUUUGGAAAGGAAGCGGAUCUCGGCUGCUAGGGAACGGAAGGCCACUAAAACUUUGGGUAUCAUUUUGGGAGCUUACAUUGUAUGCUGGUUGCCCUUCUUCAUUAUAACCCUGGUCUACCCUAUUUGUACGACUUGCUGGUUCCACCCAGCACUCAUUGAAUUUUUCACCUGGCUGGGUUAUGUAAACUCUUUAAUUAACCCUAUCAUUUACACCAUGUCGAACGAGGAUUUCAAACAGGCUUUCCAGAAACUGAUGCGCUUCAGAUGUUGCACCUCUUGAUCAACCCGUGUAUAUUACAUAAAUCAGCCAAACUGGCACAUUGCAGUCUAUUGAACGAAGUUGACUUUUAUUUCCUUUAACUGUGCUGCGCUUUUUGGAAACUGCUUCUGUUAACGCACGUCGGCACACGUUUAUUGCGAGUCGAACACACCUCUAGUACCAAUACCACCCCUUUAAUAUGUCUGAGCUUUGUCAUACAAUUUACAGACUCUUCAGAAAGUGUGCUUCUGCAAAGAUUUAUUUGGACAAACUCAGAAAUUAUGUCAGCACAUGUGUACCAUGCUUACCAUGUAAUUAUUCAUUGAAACCAAACAAAAAAGCCUGAAAUAUUAAUCAUGUCUUUUUGGAAAUAUUUUAUUUAUUCCCAUAUUUGUGAUGUUUGAAAAGGUCAUAUUACGGUAAGACUUUCUUGAUAACCGUCAUUUGCAUAGUAAAAAAAAAAUGUUAUCUGGUGAGUGAAUUGCAGUAUAAAUAAUGGUCAUUUGUAGGGAAAAAAAAAGUUACUUUUACCCAAUAAAACUAGAUUUUACAGUAAAAAAAAAAAAAACAGCAACUCAGUUGCCAGUAACAUAAUGUAAAACACCACAAACUCACAGCAAAAUACUACAAAUACAAACAAUAUUUAAAUAUUAACAAAUAAACUCACUACUAAGUGUUCACAUACUUUGUAGAACUACUGCUCUCAAAAAAAGGCUCAACCCGCAAUAAUUGCGCCUCGGAAGUACAUCAUCGGCUAGGAUACUACCCACAUUACACUGACCAUACAAUAAAAAUACGAAUAGAGCGGUGGCCCGCUCCAAGAGCUGGCCUGCCACAAGAUGGUGACCACACAAACCAUGAACAAACACAGAAAAUGAUGAGGGAACACAAAGGACAAGUACAUUUACAUAGAAUUGUGCAACCGCACAACACAUUUAACACACAAUCACACAAAUAACACAGUUAAAACACUACUAUUUUCAAUCAGCCCUGCAAUGGAUUCUGGGAUUCCAUUUUUAACGUAAUUAUAUGUAAUAUUAUGCAGCAUUCAACCGUCAAAAGAUGUGGUCUGUUAAAACAACGGAAAAUGUCUGUUUUUUAAGGAAAUGUUUUUAGUAUGAAGGUAAUUUGCUGUUAAAUCUAAGGUAAAUUGUCAUUUUAUAAGAGAAGCUAAUUUACCUUCAAUGUUUGCCAGAAUUUUAGAGUUGAAUUUAUGGACAUUUUUCCAGUGCAGCGCAGGUAUACAGCCAUAUAUUUAAAAAGCCAGUCUGGAGCAAACUGAACGACGCGGAAAAAAGGGGGCAUUGAGUCUGAGAAAAGUUGUCAGUUUAAACAUCAAGUCAGAUUAUCCAUGAAUGAUUAUAUAUCAGUGUUUGUGUUACAUUAUUAAAUGCACGUGUUUCAAAACAUAAGAGUCUCAGGCUAUUUACACACCUGCCAUGGUCAGUUAGCAUGUGAUGUGAAGUACUUCAUGUAAAGUGACAUGCUAAUAUUUAUUUAUUUAUUGUUUGUUCUGUUGUACCCUUUUUAGUGAAUGAAAGGUUGAACCUCCAGGGAACCAUAUAUAAUGUGUUUUAUAUUCUUUAUUGUCAAGCCUGAAUAUGCAAAUAGUCAAAAUAGUCUGAGCAAUCUUAUUGUUACAGUU